AUGGAACAUUCAAUUAUUACACCAGCAUGGAUAUUUCCUGUUUUAUUACAAAUGCCAAAUGAAGUAGAAAAAAUGGCGACGACAUUUUUAGAACAAGUUGGUCUUCAAAAAUUUCCUGAUAAAAUCGAUACACCGGUAUUAGAAAUUCGAGAUUUAGCAAUGGGAAUUUGUUGUUAUGGAAUAUUUGCAAAUAAACUUUAUGGAGCAGAAGAAGAUGUGAAGUUUAUGUUUGUUAGUCUUAUUCAACGUUGUGAUGGUAACAAUGAUAUUUUAUCCCAAGCAAUGGAUAAAUUUUAUGAUUUAUCAAGUUUAAUUGAAGCAUUUUAG